AUGGUGAGUGCUGCAGUGCAUUCUCCGCUUACCCGUGCUGCAAAAUCUUAGCCUUGGCGCUUUCGCAUUACAUCACCCCAGGUCCUUCUUCUGCACUUCCCCACUUCCUUACUGCACCAUGGCACCAAGUCUCCCCCACGUACAGCAGCGGCCAUGUGAUACAUCAUUGACACCUAUUCGCAGAGCCACAAUUAUGUGCGCCGCCCAUUGACUUCCCAGUUAACGGCGCCACUGAUCCUCCUCCAACGUAUCGCCUCCGCCUUCACCAGCCCUGCCAUGUCAUGCUAUCAGAUGCUUACCGAGGUACUUUUAUCUCCAUUGCGUACGCCAUACAUUUAUCCUCAUGCCUCAUUCGUUUCACUUACCCUGCUAUCCUUCUGUUACGGUGAGAAAGCUUACAGCCAGCGAUCAAGCCGAGAGCAGUGGCGUAGAAGCGGAUCGAUCUACAACUUGAGAUCGAAAUCCGGUACAGAUCAAAAUGAGAAUCGAUGUGGAAUCAGCGGCAAUUAGGGUCAUGAACAUGAGCC